AUGCAAGUAGGAUUACAUGACGAUGAUUUUAAUUUGUGCUCUUUAGGGGAUUGCACCGAGGUUGACCUUUUGUCGGCGCGCUGCACAUAUUGUAAGAAAAUCUUUUGUUCAAGGCAUAUCAGUACUCGUGCACAUCAGUGCUCGGAAGCAUACGAUGCUAAGGUAGCUGGAUGCCCGGUGUGUGGGUGUGUCGUGCCGCUUGAGUAUCCGGGGCAGCGGGUGGACGAGGCGGUAUCCUUUCAUCUUGACCGUGGUUGCAGGAACCUACCGCAAUCGACUAUUUCUCAUGGUUUUUCUGGGAAGGGUAUGUCUAAUUCAUUGCAAGGGGGUCGUCGCUUAGGUGGCCGACGGGCGUGCGGGGUGGUGGAUUGCUCUAACCACAGCGACAUCCGUGUCGAGUGCGACCGAUGUGGCCACUCCUUUUGUUUAGAUCAUCGUAAUCCCUCCCUUCACCAUUGCAAGGGAAAUUUACACAACGAGAGGAAGCGUGUUGUUUCUUCUACUGCUCAAACUAUGAGUAAGUCUCCGGUAAAAUCUGAGUCUGAAGCCACUACCAUUGCAAACCUCCUCCGCAUGAGGCCAAAAACUCUUCCGACCAUUGCAGGUAGGUCAGUGGAGACCAACACCGACACUGUGACUACGCUUAUUGUGUUUUUAAUUCCUCUAGAUCUAUCAAAUACAGGCAGCAAGGAGACAAGACCCAUGCAGGUGUUAAAUGUGCCACCAUUUUAUAUGACCAUCUCAAAAAAUGCUGCUAUGGGUAAAUUACUAGACUUGGCUAUCACAGAGGCUUCUAAAAAUCAUAGUAGCGCAACCAAACCAAACUCGAACCAGCCGUGGCAUGUACACGCUCUGAGAAUUCCAGCGCCAGAGGGGGCUGUUGGUGCGAUGUAUUCGUCUGUUCCCUUAUCUACGCAAAUAUGCAAGACUGCAUUGGUAGAUUCUAUAUCCACAUCUUCUAUUCUACAGAAGGAAGAGGGAAUCUCAUUAUCAUCCAGAUCAUGUGCCACGACUUCCCCCCUGGUAGUGAUUUCUCACUUUUCAAGUCUACCAGAGGAAUUUGUCACAAAUUUAAGUAAAAGAAUUUUCCAUGGAGGUUCUUCUGAUGGUUGUUGCACAGUUUUUUGA